AAGCCGUGUGUAAUGGGUAAUGGGGGAAAGUGAACGGUAGAACCUCACUUCAGCCAUAAGCAUCGAAAAAGAGAAAAAACUAAAAACAGAAAGAGAGAUGGAGGAUGAGAUCCAACACUUUAGCCAUAAGCAUCAUUUACGACUAAAGAAUAAGAAGCCCUAUGGAUUUAAUGCACAUUGCGCUGCAUGUUCGGGUUAUCUCUCUGGCGUCGUCUAUUCUUGCAAAGAUUGUCGGUAUUAUCUUCAUACAGAAUGUGCCAAGUUGGAGGGUGAGAUCGAACACUCGCACCAUCCAUUUCAAUCUCUAAAGCUGCACGUUAUUGUAGAUGAUGGGCAUUUCUAUUGCAAUGUGUGUCAUAAGUAUCGUGAGGGCUUCAGCUACCGUUGCACCGACUGUAAUUUCAAAAUGGAUCUUUUAUGUUCACUCGAAUCAGAGAUUCGGUUACCAAUUCACGACCACAAGCUAAAGCUACAGGUUGGUGAUACUGACACUGAACCAUCCUUUUUUUGCGAUUUCUGUCAUACUGGAUGUUACAGUCAUCGAGGACGGAGCUUACAUUGUGAAGAGGAUUGUAAUUUCAAGAUCGAUCUUGACUGUGCUCGAAUGCUUAUGAACUCUAAGUCCGAGCCCAUUCAACAUGUCAGCCACGAGCAUUGGUUGAUAUAUGAUGACUGUAUAAAAGCUAGGGAUAGAAAGUACUGUGCAGCGUGCCGAAAAGUGUGCGACGGUGCUACCUAUUGUUGCAAGCCAUGUUAUUUCUUCCUUCACGAAUCAUGUGCCGAGUAUCCGACAGAAAUCAAACUUUCCUUGCAUUCAGAUCAUCCUCUUAUGCUAAGCAGUACUAGGAAAGAGAGGGAACGCUGCGAUUUCUGCAACCUUAUAUGCCAAGCCUUAACCUUCCGCUGUGAUUCGUGCAAUUUCAAGAUUGAUUAUUUAUGCGCCCGUAUGCUCGUUGAUCAUUUCAGCCACCCCUGUUCCAACCUUAUAUGCCGACACAACAGCAUUCUAACCGGUGGUACUGGUAACGCUAACUGCUAUGCGUGCCGGGAACAACUCUCAUCCUCUAGUCAAUCCUACGAAUGCUCUGAUUGUGCUUUCUAUCUCCAUGAAUCAUGCAGUCGAGAUCUCAUCGAACAUUAUAGACACUACAAGCAUAAAAAAAAUCACUUUCACAACCAUCCAUUGGAAAUCGUUUACUAUGAUAGAAAUGUCACUGGCGUUGUUUGUUGUAGUUUAUGCCGUAAAUGUUGCUUUGGGCCUACCUACAUUUGCUUCCUGUGCAACUUCUUCCUGCAUGAGUCCUGUCUAGAGCUCCUGGGAACAAAUACAAUCAGUCAAAAUUCCUUCCAUAAGCAUCCACUGAUAAUCGUUGACAAUAAGGUUAAUGAUUCUACUAGCUCUUUCUUUAUGAAUAAUGAUUUUCCUAGUUGCUCUGCUUGCGGUGAACCUUGCUUUGAAAAAUCCUUUGCUUGUUUGAAAUGCAAGUUCUUAAUCCACGAAUUAUGUCUUCAACUGCCCCAUGAGAUUCAGCAUUUCUUCCAUCCAUGCCCUCUAUCUCUACAACAGGAGACUACUAACUUUACAUGCAGAGCCUGUGAAAAAAGUCGCUCCCAGUUUGCAUACUGUUGUAAUAGAUGCCACUUUUUCCUUGAUGUUGAAUGUGCCCUAAUGUUCACUAGAAAUUUUGAAGGCAAAAACUACAUUCUAAGUUACUACCACCAUCACCCCUUGAUCCUCUGUAAGAAGGAAAGUAAUGAUCAUGUAGUUUCCUGCGAUGGAUGCAAUCAAGUCAUCUCUAGUGAAAUAUACGGUUGCAUCCAAUGUAAUUUCUAUCUCCACAGAUCAUGUGCUGCAGUCCAACAACAGAUUGAACAUCCUUUUCAUCCAAAGCACACUCUCAAUUUGUUUUUUGAUGAAAAGUUGUUGUGCACAGCCUCAAUUUUAAAAUCCUUGGAUAAGGGGAAAGUGAAAUAUUUGAGGCACAAGCAUUUCUCAAUCCACGAUGACAAGGAGAAUGAAGUAUGUGAGAAACACGUUUGCAGUCCAUCAUAUGAAUGCAUUAGAUGCAAAUUCUUCAUCCAUCAAGAUUGUAUUGAACCUGUAGAAGAAGGGCAACAUCCUUUUCAACCGCAUGAUAAUGAUAGUCUAAUUGGCGUAUCAAGAAAAACUCUUCCUAGAAAAAAAUUUAGAUGUGAUGCUUGUUCUUGCAAGAGUUGCUUUGGCUUUUCCUAUCGUUGUGAAGAAUGCAACUUUAAGUUGGAUGCUAAUUGCGCUUCAUUAAAGCCUACAACGAAGUAUGAAGGUCACAAGCAUCUUCUUUCUUUCUUCGAGAAAGUGUAUGAUGACCCUCAGUGUGAAGUUUGCAAAACUAGCCAUUCCGAUGUCUCGUAUUUGCGAUGUGUAGAGUGUGACUUCAAUGUCCAUCUCUUGUGUGUUCCACUGCCGAGUACCAUUAAGCAUAAAUGUCAUAUCGAUCCCCUUUACCUUAGAGAUUAUUUUGUGGAAGAUUAUUCAGGUGAGUACUAUUGUGAUGCUUGUGAAAACAGUAGAGACCCACGGGAAAGUGUUUAUCACUGUGCAGAAUGCAGCAACUAUGUGGCACAUAUGAAUUGUGUGAUUGAUGAGGUGUUACUUUCACUAAGAGGGAAGCGUGGAGAUGUGGAGUUGAGAAUAGUGGAUAGACACAAAAUUGAUGAGAAGAUAUCAAAAAGAGGCUUGACCUUAAAAGAAAUAUUUAACUCUUCUAAUGAAGAUGAGAAAAGGGAAUUCGAAGAUGCAGAAGCUGCUAUUGUAGAUUUGGUUGGAGCGAUAAUGUCUAAAGCUGACUCUGGGAAUAGGGAUAGUCUUCUUGAAGAUUCGGUAAAUUCAGAUGAGAAAUUCAUACUGAUUUUAAAGAAUCUUAAGUGUCCUAUGACAGCGGAGGGUAUUUUAAGUUUGGAAUUUUUGGAAUUUGAGUUGGAACUUGCAAAGUUCAGGAACUACAUGGUCUCUCAGAACUGUGCCCAUAUUCUAGAGUCGUUAUUUGUCAAAUACAGGGAUUUCUGUGCAAGCUCCACUUCAGAUGAGACAUUCAUACCCACUUUAGAGAAUCAUGGUCAUCGUAGUCGAGAGGAGAAAUUUUCGAGAAGGAGAUUUUUGAAAUUGGAGUCAGAACUUGUAAAAGUCAGGGACUACAUGGUCUCUCAGAACUGUGCCCAUAUUCUAGAGCCACUAUUUGUCAAAUACAGGGAUAUCUGUGCAAUCGCCACUUCAGAUGGGAGAUUCAUACCCAUUUUAAAGAAUAUUAAUCAUCCUAUGAGAGAGGAUAUUUUGAAUAUGACAUUUUUGGAAUUGGAGUCAGAAGUUGUAGAAGUCAGGGACUACAAGGUCUCUCGGAACUGUGCCCGUAUUCUGGAGUCCUUAUUUGACAAAUACGGGGAUAUUAGUGCAAGCUCCACUUCAAAUCCAAGGACAAAGAUGCGUGUCCUUAACAUUGUUGGUGGGGUUACACAAAACAUGUGCAACACCAUGGUUAAGGACAUCACUCCUUAUUUACAUUUCAAUUGGUGGAAGAACUUUCAACUUGCGCAGCAUGUUGGGUUCAAUGUUCAGUUUGCCUUUGACCAUUUGUAUAGACUUGCGCAAGCACAGUUUCGUAUGGAUUGUGAAUUUGAAGCUAACCAGGACCUUCGUUUUUCUCAAAAGGAGAUUGAGGACCUACCAACUAAAUUGGAGAUCCUCAAAAAUAAACAAAAACAGCUUAUACGAUCUAUAAAAAGAAAAUCAAUAUUAGAGAAGGAACGCUUGACUCAAGACAUGGAAUCAAGGUUGAUGCCUGCAGGGAUGGGUUUGCUGUGAUAGAAAAGUUGGAUGAGGAUUUUGUAAAAGCAUUAGCAGGUUUUUUUCUGGAAUCUUCAGUUUUCUUUUUGAGAUUUUAUUUGCAGUUUUGUGGUCCUUCUUGUUGGUCUUGCUGGUCCUUGUUGAUCUUGCUUUUCUUUCUUCAAGGUAAAUUUGCAUUGAGAAAUAUUUGCAAUUAUUAAAUGUCUGAUGUGUUUGUUCAUGAAUAGCUAGAUCUUGAGACUAUAGUAUCAUAUAGUUCUUAAAAAUUGCUUCCUGCCAAAUGAUUAUGGGAUUUUGUUGUCCUUUUGGAUCCCUAUUCGAAAUUCCUUCUCCAUUAUUUUCAUAUAC